AUGUAUGCAAAUUUAAACAGUCGUCGACCUGGGGCCGGUCAAGGUUCCAAGGAUGGAAAGGUAAAAAACGCACAAGCUGCCAACACACAUCAAUAGCUCUCAGGUAAAUAUCACAUGCUGCCAAUACACAUCAAUAACUCUCAGGUAAAAUUCACACACAUCAAUCAUUCUCAGGUAAAAACUCACAUGUUGCCAAUACACAUCAAUAACUCUCAGGUAAAUCUCACACACGUCAAUAUUUAAUUUCUCAGGUAAAACUCACACACAUCAAUAACUCUCAGGUAAAAACUCACACACCAAUAAAUCGCAGGUAAAAAAAAAAAAACUUACGUUCUGACAACUCACACCACUAACUCUCAAAUACAAACUUAAGGUUUUUGCACUGAUGGUAACUAUUUUGAAUAAUUCCAUUUGUUCUCCAAAAUUCGUACUAAGAUAAAACCUCAAAACAUUCAUUAAAUCUCAUAUUAAUUUCGUUAGUUUUUUUUUAGAAUCACUUCUUUAAAGUCCAUCGGGAUAUAUUGAAUUAUUGUUUAAAAAAAAAUUAUAUUUGACAGUGGAUCUACGAAAAAAUGGUUGUUGAAUUAAUUUACUACGACAAGGCUGUGUCGUCAAAUAUACCUUACAUCAUAGAAGAAGUAGCUGACCCCAUGGCGACCCCAAAUCUCAUCCCAGUCCCACUGGAUCUAAAACCUGAACCCUACGUCCAUCUGAAACACCCCGUCAAUGCUGUACGUUUCCACCCAGAGGAGAACUUGAACCUCAGAGAUAACUUUGCCCGGAACGAGCGGCUGUCGUCCGUCGACGGCUCGGACAUCAUCUCCAACAAGACUGCUAAGCCAGCGUUAGCUUCCCAGCCAGCGGCCUUCACGGAAACCACCGACUGGAUCGCAGAGAAUCCUUUCUUUGGUGUUCCCAUACCCGAUGAAACGGCGGUUAAGUUGCCAGUGCCAACACCCACAGAAGUGAAGCACGUCAAAGCAAUCGAUUCGUUCGUGGCAGAGCCCUAUUACAGCCCACCUAUUAUAUCUCCAAUGAUCAUCAGCUCGACAUCGCCCAAAGAUAUUUUUAGUACGGACGACAUUUCUUUCAACCCGUCGGGGGAUUCCUACUCUUUGUUAAACUCCGCUGACCUAAAUACAGUGGAAACUCAGGAGCCGGUUUUAAAGAGUCUCAAUCUCUCAAGAAAUGAGCUUUACGUUACCGGGCUCUAUGACAUGAGGCCCGAGAACCGCGUUUCUACGGAAGAGAAAUUAAGAAAACGAAAGCAGUUACGUCAUAAGAAGCAGAUCGACAAGGAAGUAGCAGUGUUCGAGUCCCUGCAGGAAAAAUCUAAACACGAUUUGACCCGCAGCUUUAAAUCGUUGACCACCUUAAAGAAGAAGUUGAUCAGCGGACCACAGAAACGGAUGCUCGUGUCUAAAACGAUGGUCUCACCAAAGCAGAACCUGGACGCCGCGAACUGGCGCAGGUAUCAGAAGGAACACGAGGAAUGUGAGAUGGAGAGCGCCCUGAAAAACGUUCUUCAAGAAGGCAUCUUAGCAAGACUGAAGACGCUUGCUGCUAGACCGAAAAUCGAAGAUCCGAGGUUUGGACAGAAGGGCGUCAGGGGAAAACCUCCUCUCCACAACAAAACCCACAACUCUGUGGUGGUGGCCAACAGCAGCAAUAUUAAUUUCAGUCAUUUCGGACACAAAUGUCGACCAGUCGAUGGCCUCGACGAUGAGCUGAACUCUUAUGAUAUCGCCUCUCCGGGAAACCAAGCCAUUCGACAGGCGAAGAACCAG